CUCACCUCAUUUCUGGAGUCGGCCUCGCCUGCAUUGCUGUGGCUGGCGCCCAGCCGAUCGAAGCGGGGUAAGUUUGUUGCACGUGUUUUAGCAUUAUUUCCUAGUUAUGGACAGGCAGCUUACAAGGGAUAAAACAGGAUUGUCGACCGCAACGUUGUCGACCGCAACGUCGUCGACCGUGGUGUCGUGGAUCGUCGCAACGUUGUUGACCGUGGUGUUGUCGACCGUAACGUCGUUGACCGCAACGUCGUUGACCGCAACGUCGUUGACCGUGGUGUCGUGGAUCGUCGCAACGUUGUCGAGCGCGGUGUUGUCGACCGCAACGUCGUCGACCGCAACGUCGUCGACCGUGGUGUCGUGGAUCGUCGCAACGUCGUCGACCGCGGUGUUGUCGACCGCAACGUUGUCGACCGUGGUGUUGUCGACCGCAACGCUGUCGACCGCAACGUCGUCGACCGUGGUGUCGUGGAUCGUCGCAACGUUGUUGACCGUGGUGUUGUCGACCGUAACGUCGUUGACCGCAACGUCGUUGACCGCAACGUCGUUGACCGUGGUGUCGUGGAUCGUCGCAACGUCGUCGAGCGCGGUGUCGUCGACCGCAACAUUGUCGAGCGCGGUGUUGUUGACCGUGGUGUUGUCGACCGCAACGUUGUCGACCGCAACGUUGUCGACCGCAACGUUGUCGAGCGCGGUGUUGUUGACCGUGGUGUUGUCGACCGCGGUGUUGUUGACCGUGGUGUUGUCGACCGCAACGUCGUCGAGCGCGGUGUUGUUGACCGCAACGUUGUCGACCGCAACAUUGUCGAGCGCGGUGUUGUUGACCGUGGUGUUGUCGACCGCAACGUUGUCGACCGCAACAUUGUCGAGCGUGGUGUUGUCGACCGCGGUGUUGUUGACCGUGGUGUUGUCGACCGCAACGUCGUCGAGCGCGGUGUUGUUGACCGCAACGUCGUUGACCGCAACAUUGUCGACCGCAACGUCGUUGACCGCAACAUUGUCGACCGCAAUGUUGUCGACCGCAAUGUUGUGGAUCGUCGCUAGGAUCGGUAUCGUUCAACACCAUUUCUUGGGAGCAAAACCUGGAAUCAGUCACGUCUUGGAGUCUCGGAUCAGCAGCCUUAGAAGAGCUGUUCAAGUUUUAUGAACAUAAAGUUCCGGGUGAUGUUGUGCAUUAUUGUUAUUGAAGUACUGAGGCCUUCUGUGCCUGGUACAUAGCUCUUGCUGUAUUUGUUCGCGAACCUUGUAAGAGCACGGCGCUCGCUGCAAGCGCAGGGAGCAGGACGUCGACGCGCGGGCACCACAGCGGACACAACUGUUUGAGCUUCAAGGUUAGCAUCGUGGUCUCGAAGUUGUUGUGAUUGCGGACUUGCUGGGCGCAAGCCUUGGGGACGUAGACGUAGCGGCGUCGACAGCGGCUUCGAGCAG